AGGAAACAGGGAGGCGAUGGGCUAGCUGCUGUCAUGGAGGCUGAACAAGGCCUCCUUGGAGGGGGACAGAGAGCUUGGGCUUCUGGGGAGUGUGCUAAAGCAUGUCUGGGUGCAGGCACCACAAAGAGCAUGUUGGGUUCAGGCCGCGUGCAUUUUGUGGCCUUAUGAGGUUUAAUGAGAUGUCUCCUGGUCAGCAAGGGACAGGUAUGGCCAAAUGAGCAAAAAAGGCACAUGCCUGGCUGUGUGGCUGUGUAUGUGCAGGCAUGCUGAAGUUUAUGCAUGCAUAGCCCAUGUCCAUGUUUAACUAUGUCUGGUCAAUGUUUAGAAAUAAGCAGGUACCUUUUGUCUAAGUGUCAAGAAACUGUGCCCAGGUGACAGCUUCAUGUGUCUGGUGUUUGAAGCCUUAUCCAUUUUCUUUCCACUCUCAAGUACAGUGUUUUACAAGUUAAUAUGGCAGGUGUUUUUAUUAUUUUAUUUUAUCUGGCAUGUAUGCUUAUGACUGUGAAAGCCUCAAGCAAAGGACCCAGUCUUUGAAGUGGUACAGGCUUGUUCCAGUGCCAGGUUUCUAGAUUAGGGCUCUUGCACCAAGAACUGCUGACUGGAUGUUGGAGUUCCAGGCACUGAAUCUGAUGCUGCCCACCUGGAUCAACAAUGAUUGCAUAAAAUGUUGCCAUUUGGUAAGUAUUUUUGAACUGCGUAGAAGGCUGACCAUUGGGUGUCACUGGCUGGGGUUCAUGCCUUGAGUCCUAGGACGGCAGGGGCCCUACUGUCUCUCCUCUUGCACACCUGGGAGACAGAGAAGCAGGGUCUGCUCUGAUUGGCCUGGACCCAAGGGUCCUUUCUGCCUUACCAUGAAAUGGGAUCUCUCCACCCCAGGAAGAUGGUGCCCUGCUCUGGUCAUUCUCUCCACACUGCGCUGGGGAACUCAUCUGCCCCCCUCCCCCCAUCACCAUAAAGUCCUCAGUUCACAGAUAGAAGCCAGCCUGGAUGGAGGAAGCAGAGCAGAAGAGUGGAGGGCAACAAACAGAUUCCUGAUUUCACUUAUAGUGUAUGCUGGAACACAGCAGGAUAAGAAGAGCUGGCCUCCAGCCAUGGGCCUUGCUGCUGGUCCCCAUCUCUUCCCACUCAGGCUCCAGCCUACACUCUACCUCACAUAUGCAGAUGCUGAAGCUUAGAGAGGGUGCACUCCUCCCAGCCCAGCCCCAGAAUGGCACUGCCCCCUAGCCCCCUGGCCAUGGAAUAUGUCAAUGACUUUGACUUGAUGAAGUUUGAGGUAAAGCGGGAGCCCUCUGAAGGGCGGUCUGGCCCCCCCACAGCCUCACUGGGCUCCACACCUUACAGCUCAGUGCCUCCUUCACCUACCUUCAGUGAACCAGGUAUGAUGGGGGCCACAGAGGGCCCCCGGCCAGGCCUGGAGGAGCUGUACUGGCUGGCAACCCUGCAGCAGCAGCUGGGGGCUGGGGAGGCCCUGGGACUGAGUCCUGAAGAGGCGGUGGAACUGCUGCAGGCUCAGGGCCCAGUCCCUGUUGAGGGUCCCCACGGCUACUACCCAGGGAGCCCCGAGGAGGCUGGAGCCCAGCAUGCCCAGCUGGCCGAGCGGUUUUCGGACGCGGCGCUGGUCUCCAUGUCUGUGAGGGAGCUAAACCGGCAGCUGCGGGGCUGCGGGCGCGACGAGGCGCUGCGGCUGAAGCAGAGGCGCCGCACGCUGAAGAACCGCGGUUACGCUCAGGCCUGUCGCUCCAAGCGUCUGCAGCAGCGGCGCGGGCUGGAGGCCGAGCGCGCCCGCCUGGCCGCCCAGCUGGACGCGCUGCGGGCCGAAGUGGCCCGCCUGGCACGGGAGCGCGACCUCUACAAGGCUCGCUGUGACCGGCUGACCUCCAGCUGCCCAGGGUCCGGGGACCACGCCCACCUCUUCCUCUGAGCCGCUCGGGGCGCGGGGUGGUUGUAGGAGGCGGGUGGGUGAGUGGGGCGCACCACCCAGGAGGCGGCUGCACUGUUCAUUGGAUCAUCACCGAGAGCCUUCUGGUCCCAGCCACUCCCUGUAUGACCACACAAAUACUCCAAACCUCCAGGACCCUCAAGGCAUGCCCGAGUUUAGAUGCUGGUCAUUUUCUGGGGGAGAGGUCCCCUCCUCUCACACGGUCCACAGAAACCCAGCCCACAGGACUAGCACACUGAGCUCUGCAGGUGGAAGUGUGGUGACCCAGUGAAUGGGAGGUGGUGGAGUGGUGCGGCUCCCCCCUCAGUUUAGUUUUUAAUUCAGGAUUUUCAGCCUGUAAUGCAUUAAGGCUGUAAUUAGCAA